UGCCAGGCGGUCUGGGAGGCUGAUGUGAGCCCGCCCUCCGGUCCAUCCUGCAGCCUCGCCGCACUCCCACUAAACUUUCCGUCUGCUUUCCACGUCCGUGGAGGUUUGACCGUACUCCUCCGCGCCAUUCGCUCUGUAGGUUACCCAGGGUGCAACGCUCGACCUCGGGGGAGCCUUGGCAGGGUCUCCCGGCAACAUGGAGGGCGACGUGAUGGACAAGGUGGAGGCCACGGCGACGGUGUGCGACUUCGACCCCAUCAGUGGGAGCAUACCGGCCACCAAGGUGGAGAUCACCGUCUCUUGCAGAAAUCUCUUGGACAGAGACACGUUCUCCAAAUCCGACCCUUUGGUGGUGUUGUACACCCAGGGUGUGGAAUGCAAACAGUGGCGAGAGUUUGGGAGAACAGAGGUGAUAGACAACACGCUAAACCCCGACUUUGUCAGGAAGUACAUCCUGGACUACUUCUUUGAGGAGAAACAGAACCUGCGCUUUGACGUGUAUGAUGUUGACUCUAAAAGUCCUGAUCUGGCCAAACAUGCAAGCGACUUUAACGACUUCCUGGGGCAGGUCUAUUGUACACUUGGAGAGAUUGUGGGCUCACCUGCGAGUCGCUUGGAGAAGCCUUUGGGUGGAAUCCCUGGGAAGAAAUGCGGAACCAUCAUUCUGUCUGCUGAGGAGCUAGGAAACUGUCGGGACUACACCACCAUGCAGUUUUGUGCCAACAAACUGGAUAAGAAGGACUUCUUUGGAAAGUCCGACCCCUUCAUGGUCUUCUACAGGAGUAACGAGGAUGGCACGUUCACCAUCUGCCACAAGACAGAAGUGGUGAAGAACACGCUAAACCCGACGUGGGAGCCCUUCUCCAUCCCUGUGCGAGCGCUCUGCAAUGGAGACUAUGACAGGACAAUCAAAGCGGAAGUGUAUGACUGGGACAGAGAUGGAAGUCAUGAUUUCAUUGGCGAAUUCACUUGCAGCUACAAAGAGCUGUGUCGGGGUCAAAACCAAAUAAACGUCUAUGAGGUGGUGAACGCCAAGAAGAAGUUAAAGAAAAAAAGAUACAUCAACUCUGGAACGGUGUCCUUGAUGUCAUUCAACGUGGAGUCAGAGCACACAUUCCUGGACUACAUCAAAGGAGGGACACAGAUUCACUUCACAGUGGCUAUUGAUUUCACAGCAUCAAAUGGAAAUCCGUCCCAGUCCACUUCCCUCCACUACAUGAACCCGUACCAGAUGAAUGCCUACGCCAUGGCCCUGAAGGCGGUGGGGGAGAUCAUCCAGGACUAUGACAGCGAUAAGAUGUUCCCUGCCUUAGGAUUUGGUGCUAAACUGCCCCCUGACGGGAGGGUCUCUCAUGAGUUCCCUCUAAAUGGCAACAUCGAGAACCCCUACUGCAAUGGCAUGGAGGGGAUUCUGGACGCUUACCAUCAAAGCCUUAAGACGGUCCAGCUGUACGGACCCACCAACUUUGCUCCUGUUGUAAAUCACGUGGCAAGGUACGCAGCAGCAGUGCAGGAUGGAUCUCAGUACUUUGUCCUGCUCAUCAUUACUGACGGUGUCAUUUCGGACAUGGCUCAGACCAAGGAGGCCAUAGUGAAUGCAGCAAAACUCCCCAUGUCAAUCAUCAUCGUUGGAGUCGGCCAAGCUGAGUUUGAUGCCAUGGUGGAGCUGGAUGGUGAUGACAUCAGGAUUUCCUCACGUGGAAAACUUGCAGAGAGAGACAUUGUACAGUUUGUCCCAUUCAGGGACUACAUGGACCGCACAGGCAACCACGUUCUGAGCAUGGCCCGCCUGGCUAAGGACGUACUGGCCGAAAUCCCGGACCAGCUCAUCUCCUACAUGAAGAGCAGAGCCAUUAAACCUAACACCGUCCCACCGGCUUACUUGCCUGACAACCAUUUCCAAACCAACUCCGUCUGAAGCCCCGCCCCUCAUGUACCGUUAGUCAAACCAACAGAGAUGAGACUCCAUUUCUAUUUUGGAGCAAAUGGAUUUGGAGCUUUGAGGGCACCUGCAGGAGGAAGAUGGAAGAGUUUUGGCGCUUGACUCCCGUUGGAGUCCGAGAGGGCGCUCAGAGGAGCCUUUAGGUGCCGUCAUUGUUUGCUGUCAAAGUGGUGAGUGAUGUCACGGAUAGCAAGAGAAUACUUAGGAAGGGCAUAAUUAAUGUGCCAGUGUGUAUCAUGUUUGUGAUACAUUUGCAAUUGAUGUGUAUUGAUUUAGAAAAUCAUAUGUAUACUAAUUUAUUUAUGUAUUGCAGUAAUUAUUUAUUCUCUUUAAACAGGGUUUUAGACGGUGGGUGGGGGGGAUUCAAAAAUCAUAUUUUAUCUGGAGUUUUCCAUCGUAUAUUUUAUCUUAUAAUAAUAUAGAAAAUACAUCCCAAUUUCUACUUUGAUAUAGACUGUAAUAUAAAAAAAAGCAUGUAAUAUAUAUUCAGCAUUUUAUGAAUUGUCUGACCAUUUUUUGAUUGCAAGUUACAAUUCCAGUACCCUGUCUUCUUCUUCUAAUUAUAAGUAUACCUAUUUGUAGUAUUUCUAUCAAAACACUGCACUAAUUACUACCCACAUCGAAAGCACAAUGGACAUUAUGUUAAUAAGCUAAACAGUAUUGUUUUGAAAUGAACCAACCGCAGAAUGAGUUCACAGCUGGAAGGCAGUGAUUAGAAAUAAUAUGUUAUUAAUGUAUUCUUAUGCUAUUUAUCAAAAACGCGUAUGUUUACAAACAACACACACCUUUGUACUUGUUAGUGUAUGGUGCACAAGAAGAAAUCUUAAAUCAAGCAAACAAAUCACAUGAUUUAGGUUUUGAGUCAUUGUGUGUAAUCGUGACUCUAUACUAACAUUGUUGCAAAACUUAAUGAAAUAUUUUACCAUUGCAUUCUUUGCUGAUCACGCCGAACACAAGUACUGUAGCUACAAGGUAGUUCUCCAUAAUAAAAAAAAACUAUAUUUUUUCAACUAAAACUACACAUUGAGUAGUAUAAGACGCCGUACACUGCUUUUACUUCAAUAUUGUACAGUAGUUCACGCUAUUAUUUUUCCAAACAUGUUAUUAAGAUGCACAUAUAGGACUGAAUAAGACAGUUGUUCAACCAACACCGCCAUUGUUUUGACUUGUUUCUCUCAGUCAUGUGAUCCAAAUGUGCCUAUAAUAUGGAAACAUAUCCAAAUUCUCUUAGCCAGGUGUUAUUCUCUCACGAUGAAGAUGCACACGUUGCUAAGGAUAAAACUGUUGAGCAAGUAAGUGGAGGUUACACACGUGCUGUGUACUUUUUUUGUACUUCCCGCUCAUCACUAGUAAUAUUAUAUAAUAUAAGGCAAGGUAACAGUAUGGCUGAGCCUUUUACAGUACUCCUAGUCAAGACCUGUUUACAGUUCAACUGGGAAAAUUUAGUUGUUUGCCUCGAGGAAGGAGUAAACAUGCAUUUGUUUUAUUAAAAAUACAUAUAUUGCUCAUCUGUAACUAUUUGUCGCGUUCUUUGAGAAUACGUAGUCAUUUUGUGCGUAGGGUUGGUUUUGUUAGCCAUUUAAUGCAAAUCAAAAAUUCUGAAAACACCUCACACACCCUACUACAUACUUGUAUUGCUUAAAUAUGACGUAAUAUAUCUCUACAAGAGGACACAAAAAUAACGCAUUUAUUCUUUUGAAAUAUGAGGCCAUGCUAUUUUUGUUACGUAGCAUAUAUAAAUACCAGAAUACCUCUAUGGAAAACCAUCCAAGCACAUUAAUAAUUACAAGCAAGAAACCUUACGGUUUAAAUAUCUGGUGUAGUUAUUUUAACAUCAAACACAAUUUCCCCAUACAAGGUCCUGAAUUCUGUUCGAUAUGAUACUUUGUUAUUUUUUCUAUGUGUGCACAUCAUGCAUGUAACCAAUACUUCUCUCAUUUAAAGUAGACUUAGUCUGUUUUAAGUACCAAGACUCUAAGAAUCUACUUGACACUUAUGCAAAUGUGAAACAUAGUCAUUUUAGAAUGAAGAUGUCAGUAAGUACAGUUAUUCCCCCCACCCCUCACCCCUUCAUUUUAUUUCUAAUUGUGUACAUAAUGUAACCCCACUGUACGGAAUGUUCAGUGCCAAAAAAGUGCUCGUUCGAACUUGACAUCUUUAGACCUUGUGCAUGUGUGUGCCAAAAAUGGCAGCAAAUUGGGUAGUCUGCCAUCAUUUGACCCUAUUAGCGCAUCGGCCAUAUGCUUGACUUGUUCCUUGGGAUGCUUCUUUGGCGAUAACGAGCAUCUCAAGCAUGUUGCAUCUCUGCUCUGGUCCCAAAUCUGUUCCUCAGAGACACAUACUGUACUGGUUUUUGCCACUGCUCCUCUUCUAUCCCAGGUUGUUUACAUACCUCUCUCGGUCUCUGACUUGCAUGCUGAAUUAUUUCCAGACCAAGUGUUGGACAUGAUUGUCGUCAUGCUGUGGUUUGUGAAAUGCUUUGUAAUGGAUUGCCUUAAAUUAAAGAUUAAU